AUGACUAUCAGAGCGGCCAGAUUUGAGCCCAAAGUGCUCCUCGAAGCUCCACGUCGAUCGCAAGGCAAUCCGAAUUCCAACGCAUCCAAAGUACUAUACAGUGUCUCAACUUACAGUUUCUCCGAGCAUGACAAAAAGUCGGAAAUUCGAAUCCUAGAUGUCGAAACUCAACAAAGCAGCCUAGUCACAGAUGACAAGGGGUCAAGCGAAGCCAAUUGGUUAGAUGACGAUACGAUUGUACUUUUGAAAUCCAACGAGGACGGGACUACUAGUGUUGUCAUUGGCGAUGCUGGGAAUUUCGAGAGCAGCAAGCACAUUGCCGGUAGUAUUGAAGGCCCAGUCGGCGACCUCAAGAUCCUCCCUCUCAGCCACCACGAAUAUGGCUUUAUUGUUUCCGGCAAAGCCAAGCCAGACGGCACACUGUAUAAUCCAUCGAAGGCGGAGAAGCCUCCGUCUUCGGGGAAGCUCUACAAAUCGGGAUUCGUGCGCCAUUGGGAUCAUUUCAUUACUGAGAACCGCAAUGCAUUAUGGCUGGGCAAGCUCUCUGAGAAUAAGGGCAAGUUGCAGGUUUCUGAUCUAACAAACGCACUCAAAGGCUCAAAGUUGGAGAGCCCAAUCGAGCCAUUUGGCGGCAAAGAUCAUUUCGACAUAUCAAAGCAUGGACUGGUGUUUACUUCCAAGGAUCCUGAUCUCAAUCCAGCUACGCACACCAAAACGAAUAUCUAUGUAGCAGCAUCGCAAAAAUUCUGGGACGAGCUGGGUGCCAAGACAGACAUGAAGAUUGAGAAGGUGACUGUCGAUGGCUUCGAAGGCGCAAGUACUAGUCCUUCUUGGUCGAACUCGGGAAACAUGAUUGCGUUUCUCUCCAUGAGGACUGAUGGGUACGAGUCAGAUAAGAACCAAGCGUUUAUUAUGCAUGAUUGGCAGAAGCCGUCGCAGCUGAUUCCGCUUUACGCUUCUGAAGAUGGCAAAGGGAAAUGGGACCGAAGCCCUCAAUCGAUUGCAUGGAGUCCGGACGACUGGACUCUCUACUUCACUGCUGAAGAACACGGACGCGGAAAUCUCUACUCAGCUGGGCCUCCGAAACCUGGCGAUGACAAGGAGAAACUACCCUCAUUGCUUGUCAAAGGCGGUAGUAUCACCGCAGUGCAAGUGCUCAAGAAUGGCGAUAUUUUUCUCACCUCUACCAGCUUGAUUGAGAACAGUCUCUACUCGCUAGUUCCUCUUACUGAGCGUUCCUGCGCCACAGACACAUACACUCUGCCCAUCGAUGAUCGACCAUACGAUUCGAAGCCAGACAAUCUAACAACGAAAUACAUCUCUUCCAACACGCGUUCAGGAUCGAUGUUCGGACUCGCACGCCGCCAAAUUGACGAGAUUCAUUGGUCUGGCGCAGCAAAAGACACCUCAGUACACGCCUGGGUAAUCAAGCCCAGCAAUUUCUCCUCCGAUAAAACAUAUCCACUUGCCUACCUUAUCCAUGGGGGUCCGCAAGGUGCCUGGACAGAUGGUUGGAGCACGCGCUGGAAUCCCGCAGUAUUUGCGGAACAAGGCUACGUUGUCAUCUGUCCAAAUCCCACUGGGAGUACCGGCUACGGGCAAGACUUUGUCGAUGCUAUCAAGGGCCAAUGGGGUGGCCUACCUUAUGAAGACUUGGUGCUAGGCUUCGAUUACAUUGAAAAAAACCUGGCCUAUGUCGACACCAAGCGUGCUGUUGCCCUUGGUGCAUCUUAUGGUGGCUACAUGAUGAACUGGAUCCAAGGCCACCCCUUUGGUCGAAAGUUCAAAGCCCUCGUUACGCACGACGGCGUCUUUAGUAUGACGGGCCAGAUGGCUGGUGAGGAGCUCUACUUUCCCUUCCAUGAUCUCGAGGGCAACCUAUGGGAGAACCCUGAGGGCUGGGCAAAGUGGGACCCAGCACGAUUCGUUCAGCACUGGGACACGCCGCAUUUGAUCAUUCAUAGCGAUCUGGACUACAGGCUAACGAUAAGUGAGGGACUGGCUGCAUUCAACGUGUUGCAGACGAGAGGUGUAGAGAGCCAGUUCCUAACAUUUCCUGAUGAGAAUCACUGGGUACUCAAACCAGAGAAUUCACUUAUGUGGCAUGAGGUUGUGUUGGAUUGGAUCAAUGAGCAUGUGGGACUGGAGAAAUACACGGAAAGUCGGAAGAACGAGUGA